AUGAGCGAACAGCCACUCAACCGGAUCAGCGCCAACAUCACCCAGCCCCGCUCGCAGGGUGCGUCGCAGGCCAUGUUGUACGCCACCGGGAUGACCGAGCAAGACAUGCACAAGGCCCAGGUCGGCAUCGCCAGCGUCUGGUACGAAGGCAACCCCUGCAACAUGCACCUGAACGAUCUGGCCGCCACGGUUAAGGAAGGUGUCGCCAACGCCGGUCUGGUGCCCAUGCGCUUCAACACCAUCGGCGUCUCCGACGGCAUGUCCAUGGGCACCCGCGGCAUGUGCUUCUCGCUGCAGUCGCGCGACCUCAUCGCCGACUCGGUGGAAACCGUCAUGGGCGGCCAAUGGUACGACGGCCUCAUCACCAUCCCCGGCUGCGACAAGAACAUGCCGGGCGUCAUGAUGGCCAUGGGGCGCGUCAACCGGCCCGCGCUGAUGGUCUACGGCGGCACCAUCCGUCCGGGUCACAGCGGCGGCAAGACCCUCGACAUCGUCUCCGCCUUCCAAAGUUACGGCGAGUAUAUCGCCAGCACCAUCACCGACGACGAGCGCCAGGACAUCGUGCGCCACGCCUGCCCCGGCGCCGGUGCCUGCGGCGGCAUGUACACCGCCAACACCAUGGCCUCGGCCAUCGAAGCCAUGGGCAUGUCGCUGCCCUACAGUUCCUCGAACCCCGCCACCGACCGCGCCAAGAUCGCCGAAUGCCUGCAGGCCGGGCAGGCCGUCCGCGCUCUGCUGGAAAAGGACCUCAAGCCGCGCGACAUCAUGACCCGCGAGGCGUUCGAGAACGCCAUGGUGAUGGCCAUGAUCCUCGGCGGCUCCACCAACGCCGUGCUGCACCUCAUCGCCAUCGCCCGCGCCGUGGACGUGCCGCUCAGCAUCGACGACUUUCAGGACAUGAGCGACCGCAUUCCCUACCUGGCGGACCUGAAGCCGAGCGGCAAGUACGUCAUGGAAGACCUGCACAACAUCGGCGGCACCCCGGCGGUGAUGAAGUACCUGCUGGACCAAAAGCUGCUGAAGGGCGAUUGCAUGACGGUGACGGGCAAGACGGUCGCCGAGAACCUGCGCGACCUGCCCGGCCUGACGGAGGGGCAACCGAUUAUCCAGCCGCUGGAAUCGCCCAUCAAGGAAACCGGCCACCUGCGCAUCCUCAAGGGCAAUCUGGCGCCCGGCGGCGCGGUUGCCAAGAUCACCGGCAAGGAGGGCCUGGUGUUCAGCGGCCCGGCCAAGUGCUUCGACGCCGAGGAGGACAUGCUGCACGCCCUCGAACGGCACGAGAUCAAGAAAGGCGACGUGGUGGUGAUCCGCUACGAGGGUCCCAAGGGUGGGCCGGGCAUGCCGGAAAUGCUGACGCCUACCUCGGCGCUCAUAGGCGCCGGGCUCGGCGGCGACGUGGCCCUGCUGACCGACGGACGUUUCUCCGGCGGCUCGCACGGCUUCAUCAUCGGCCAUAUCGUGCCGGAAGCCCAAGAGGGCGGACCGAUCGGUCUGAUCCAGGACGGCGACCUCGUCACCAUCGACGCCAAGCAGAACCGCCUCGAGGUGUCGCUCACCGACGACGAGCUGGCGGAACGGCGGGCGCAGUGGACGAUGCCGCCUUACAAGGCGACGCGCGGUACGCUGUACAAGUACAUCAAGACCGUCAAGAACGCCUCAGAGGGGUGUGUGACGGACGAGUAA